AUGGAAGCCCUCCAAAUUAGUCCACAGAAGCAACUAAGCAACACCUAUUUCAUGAACUCGCUCUCCUCUAAGCUCAAUCCAACCUUCACCUACUCUUUCAAACUCCGAGCCUUCUUCUGUACUUCUUCUCUAACUCCAUUAAAUUCAGAACCAACCCAAAACCUUCUAACCCAACCUCGAAUUCUUACUCCAACAAAAACAAAAGCCGCUCUUUCCAGUAACGGUGUUGCGAGCAGGGUUGUUGAGGCUUCGGCUGCUCAACUCAAGGAGAACUGGUUGGAUUCCCUCACCUGCCCUUUCCCUGAUAAUUCCGCCCCUCUCGAGGACAAUGGGACCAAUGCGGGUUCGGAUUGGGUUCUCGGCAUCGACCCGGAUACUCAUGGCGCAUUGGCGCUUUUGAGAACCGCUGAGUCCGGUUCUUCUGCUCAGGUAUUUGACUCUCCACACUUGCAAGUACUAGUUGGGAAAAGAAUUCGACGACGUUUAGAUGCCAAGUCUAUUGUUCAGUUGCUUCGCAGUCUUGAUGCUCCUUUUGGAACUACUGCAUAUAUAGAACAAUCAAUCCCCUAUCCACAGGAUGGAAAACAGGGGUGGUGGAGCGGAGGCUUUGGGUAUGGGCUAUGGAUUGGGAUCUUGGUCGCCUCUGGAUUUUCUGUUGUUCCAGUGCCAUCUAUAUUAUGGAAAAACCAGUUUGAACUCUUUGGAGGGAGAUCUACGAAGGAUGAUAGCCGGACAGUUGCAACCGCAUUAUUUCCAUCAUUGGGUCCCUUACUGAAAAGAAAAAAGGACCAUGGAAGGGCUGAAGCUCUACUUAUUGCUGCCUAUGGCAAGGGCAUGACGAAGUUAAACCCAUCGUGCACAUCAGAUGAAGUGGUGCCUUAAUAUGGCAUAUUGCACCAGCAUCUCUCUUUAACUACAAGAUCUUAAUAUGUGCCAGGUGUCAAUUCUCUGAAAGCUUGUGGUGGAAUGAGUUAUUGAAUGAGAAGUGAACUAGAGCAGCUCAAAAGAUUCGCUUUUGUCAGAGCUCUGGUGUUUAUCUCAGACCUGGUAGAAGGCUGAUAUAACCAUUUUUUAGUGCUGACCAUAUACUAUUUCCAUGAUUGAAGUCACAUCAUGUACAUCACGCUGUAGUGUUGCAGGAGUAUUAGAUAUUUGAAAAAGUCUUUGUUUCUGGAAAAAGGGCUAUUUCUUCUUGCCAUGUCAAUGCACUCUGUAUGUCUUAUAUGCUAAAUUAUGAUUUGCAGUUCA